CCGGCGUCUUUGUGAAACCAGCUGAUAUUUAUACCAAAUAUUUGUAUCAGUUUUUCUUUCAUAAUUUUUUUUUGCAUGUAAGCAUAACUCUAGUUAGCUGAUAAUAAUUGACCUACUGAACUGAGUUGACGUUACAUUAAGCAUCAUCAUUCAUACAGGUUAUAUCAUAUCAACCCAUUUAAAGGCACUAUAACGUAAACGUAGAGUUCCCUCAUCGUAAUCUGCAAUCUGUGUUGAACUUUGAUUGGAUGUUUUGGAUUUAAUUUUAUCACGUAAAAGAGCGUAUCAACAUGCAUUUGAUCAUAUAAAUAUUAAAUAUACAUAUUAUUGCAACAUUGUGGUAGUUGACCUCUAUGGACAAACUCCAAACUGUUUUGUAAAUUAGUUUCACAAUUUGACUCAAGGAAAAUGGGAACCAUCGUCGAAUUCACAGGUAGACUGAUACUGCAUGUGCAAAAAUUAUUCUUGAGAAAUCAAUCCAUGGCCAGAGACCGAACGACGACACCAGUCGUCAUGUGCGGUAACAGACUCAUGUCCUCAUCGCCACAACAAGAAGGUGAAAAAAUGCCAUCCGAUGGGAAUAAGGAAUUGGUGGUGGUGGAGAAAGUGACGAUGGCUUACGUGGUGACGACGAUCGGUAUAAAUCGACCCGAGAAAAAAAACUGCGUGAAUCACGCGACGGCACUCCAGCUCGAAGCCGCAUUUAAAGCGUUUGAGGAAGACCCCGACUCUCCAGUCGCAGUUUUGUAUGGAAAAGGGGGCACAUUCUGUUCGGGGUACGAUCUCUCUGAAGUUGCCUCUGGGAGUCCAGAAAUGUCAGGGUCUGAAAACUUUGACCCUUUCAACAAAAAAGGUCUUGGCCCAAUGGGACCCUCUCGAAGAUAUUUCAAGAAGCCUGUUAUUGCGGCAGUAUCAGGUUAUGCUGUAGCAGGUGGCUUAGAAUUAGCUUUAAUGUGCGACGCUCGGGUUGUAGAAGACACUGCUGUAAUGGGAGUUUUUUGCCGUAGAUUCGGUGUCCCAUUGAUUGACGGCGGAACCGUCCGUCUUCCUCAUUUGAUUGGGUUAAGCAGAGCAAUGGAUAUGAUUUUGACUGGAAGGGCUGUGAAAGGGAAAGAAGCUUUCGACAUUGGAUUAGCCAACUGGCUUGUUGCCUGUGGUACCUCGCUUGGCCAAGCAAUUCAAUAUGCAAAUUCCAUCAGCAAAUUCCCACAGAAUUGUCUUAAUCGCGACAGGAUGAGUGCCUACAAUGCAAUGUACGAUGCUAAAGAUUUUGAAUCAGCAAUGCAAUUUGAAAUGCGACACGGUCUGGAUGUCAUUGCAUCCGAAUCUGUUCCGGGGGCACAAACUUUCGUUUCUGGCGUUGGAAAACAUGGUUCAUUCAACUUGCACGGGAUGACAAAGAAUGGCAAAUCAAAAUUAUAAUGGGGUCUAGUGAAGUACAUAUAUAUACGCAAAAGAGUAUGCAUUUAUUUUAAGAGUUUAAUGGCAGCUACACGAGAAUAAAAUAUUUUGGUAAAAAAA